AUGAUUGGCAUUCGAGAACGUGCUGGUAGCAAAAGCCUUUUGCUAUCCGGUUCAAAGUCCUCUCCUCAACUUUCUCCACUUCUGCUCCACGGUCUCCUUAGCCUAGAACGCUCUCGGGUGUGGCUUCGCUCCUGUAUCCACUAUAUCGCUGCUCGUGAGACCUUCGAUGCAGUGACACUAAACGCGGUCCAAGUAGUGAUGUGCUCCCUCACAUCGGUGCACCAGCUAGGGCCACUUAGCGUCCGUCUCAGUCAGAUUCGAAUGGCCUCAUCGGCGGAGGAGAUUUGGAAAGAGGAGAAAGGAGAAAAUGAACAGAGGGGAGGUCAGGAGAAUGAUAGAUACUGUGGCCACGGUUUUGAGGAUGACGCCAAGGGAUCCUACAAUACCGAUCUAGACAUUCAGUUGGAUUUGGACAUUGAAGCCUUGGUGAGUUUUUAG